CCUGCUCACAAUUUUCUCCUUCCUUUAUGCGCAUCAUCACCUCCCCUACUCCAUCGAUCACUUUCUUCUCCCCUGCAAAUUAGAUCCGUCGACUUCAACUUCAAUCUAUGCGAAUAAAAUUGAUCAACUUCUUCUCCGCAUGCCAUCGCCGAUUUCGUACCUAGCCAUAUCUGCCGUCGUUGACUCCAACACACUCUGUUUGCAAAUCAGCUCGGUGAGGUGGAUUGGCAGGCGGCUGGAAGGAGUGUUGCGGUUUAGGCGUUCCAAUCUUGCAGCUAUUUUGACGUACGAACGACAGAGGGAGGUCGACUUUGGUGUGACUGACAGGGCUAGAGGAAGAGAGGCAACGGAUUUGAUUGUGCAGGUUUUUGUUUUGCUUUCUUUAAUUUGCAUAUUGAGGAUUGACGUUUGGCAACGUGAGAGUAUGACAGGGAGUUUGAUCAACAAGGAGCAGGAUGAGGAAGAAGAUGCAGUAUUGUUGGUCCGACCUCCUCCUGAACCACCGCCAUGGAGUGCAGAAAAGUCUAGGGUUACAGGCUCGGGAUGUUAUUUGGUAUUUUCUUUCUGGAAGACGAAGGAGAGAUUUUAUUUUUUUGUUGUACUUGUUGAGUACUUUGUUUAUUUUCAGCUUGUUAUUUUUUUGCAUUGUAAUUUGUAAGACUUUGAUCUUGGAUUUGGGUGACAGGAGGUCUGUGCUUUCCGCCUUUGUCUCAGUUGCGCCCAUAAAUGAAUCAACGAGUUAUAUUGCUUCUUUUAAGGUGGUUAACUCUGA